AAUAUGCACAAGUUAUUUUCAUCAUCUUGUUGGGAAAUCAGGAGGUGUGACCCCUAAAAAAAACCGCAGACUGCAUUAAAUGGAUUGUCUUUUUAACAAGGCUGUGAAACCACUUCAGCCACACUUUCCUCCUCUCAGUGAAGACUUGGAAGCUCUUAGGAGGAACUUGUAGACAUCCUGACAAGUAAAAGUUGCACCAAAAGGUCCACGCACGGAGUGAGGUGCGCGUAAGAAGAGGAUGCCAGCCAGGCGUGGCCAAAGUGAGGAGAAUGCGUGUGGAGGAUGUAUAUAAUCGAGUCUUUUCCUUGUCAUUAGCAGACAUAUCAAACGGAUGACUCCAGCACUCAGAGGACUUCAUCUCAUCUUUUUCUUGCUUUUAAGAUUGCAACAUUAUAAAUGCCGUCGCUUAAUUUGACAGCCGUGCACACCAUGGCAGAGGUGGGGACUUUUAUAGGAGCACUCGAUUUGGAUUUACAAAGUUUUCCUGCCUUUGGGAAUGUGCCCCUGCAGCCGGAGUCUCCGCUGGGCUUGAAUGAGCGCCUGGGUCAGAUAGAAGGGAGACUCCAGCGGGGGUCGCCCACAGAUUUUGGCCACCUCAAAGGCAUCCUGAGGCGGCGGCAGCUGUACUGCAGGACCGGCUUCCAGCUGGAGAUAUUCCCCAAUGGGACGGUGCAUGGGACCAGGCAGGACCACAGCAGAUUUGGAAUCCUGGAGUUCAUCAGCCUGGCAGUCGGUCUGGUCAGCAUCAGAGGCGUGGACGCCGGACUCUACCUCGGCAUGAACGAGAAAGGAGAGCUCUAUGGGUCGAGGAAGCUGACAGCGGAGUGUGUGUUCAGGGAGCAGUUUGAGGAGAACUGGUACAACACGUACGCCUCCACCCUGUACAAGCACAACGACACGGGACGCUUCUACUACGUGGCCUUCAACAAAGACGGCUCUCCCAGGGAGGGCAGCAGGACUAAAAAACACCAAAAACUCACCCACUUCUUACCCCGUCCGGUGGAGAUCGAGAAGAUCCCUCAGGCGUACAGGGACCUCUUCCAGUACAGGUGACCGGAGCUUGGAUUUACAAGAAGAGACGGCCACAGGGGGGUUGUUUGCGACAAAACUGUUUACCUUCAACGCCCCUCUCCACUGAGGUCACCGCCUGGGCUCGCUACCAAGCACUGAUAUAAACAUUUCUGCAUGUUCCUGGAUGUUGCUUCCUCGCAGCCGCAGUGAACUUAAACCGCUGAGGACGCUGGAAUCUGGUGCCACCUUUUCCUGAAAUAACCACUCGUUUCUAGAAGCACUAAUUGCCUUUUUGAGACCACUAAAGACACCGAGGGGGCGGAAUGUCACACUCAGUUAACGGAGGAGCAGGCACAUUCCCACACGGACUUAGAGGGGGAGGCAUUCCUGUGACUGUUGGAGAUGGCCAGGUACUGAAGAGUGUCUGGAAACGUCCUUACAUUAAAAAAAAAAAGAUUUGAUGAAUGUGGGUUUGAUCCAAGAGCACUUAACUGCACAUCCCGGCUAACGAGGAAUCACAUUCAUCGCUUUUAAAAUAAGAUUUUAAGCGGCAGUGAAUGCAACAGCACUUCUCUACCUGUGCUUGUAGACGCCAUUGACGUGUGAUGUUCAGGUGUCCGGAACAUUAUUAGAGAAAAGCAAAGCAAGCAGCUGAGGGGGUACAUAUGGGUGAUCCUAUUUAUGAGAUGUACAAUAUAUUUAUUUUCUACAUAUAAAGUAUAAAUAGAAAUCUAUAUAUUUAUUUAUUGCAAAGACUUUAUUUUGUAAUGAACUUGAAAUUAUUUGGACCGUAGAUUCUACUGAAAUGACACCAUUGAAACGUUUUUAGAAACCAAUGAAAAUCCAAAGGGCUUUUGCACGGCUGUCGCUGGUGCUCGGGCCCUGAUGAAGAAGAUGAAAUUGUCCUGCGACGUGCAAGCGAGAGUAUUUGUGCCUGGAUCCAAAUUUCAUGUACCAAUUAAAGCCACAUGUAGAAUGGAUGUGAACGGACGUGUCGUCAUUUCUUCUUUUCUUUUGGUCACAAUGAAACAUUUCGCCUCUUCCUGCGUCUUGAAAUGCGGCAUCGAUACGAGACGUCAGGCGACGCUGUUGGCUUUUCUGCCAGCCAACAAUACCACACGGCCAAUAGAAACGAAUGAGACAUACUAGACCAGGUGUGUCCCAAGUGCAGCCCCGGGGGGGCCCUUUGCUUUUUUAAAUUGGCCCUCAGCACAUUCUAAAAAUACAAUUAAACAAGAAAUCUACACCAAAAAAGAUUAAAAAUAGCAUAAAAGAAAAAAAAGAGCAGUCAUUUGACAAGAAUAAAGUCAAACGAUGAGAGAAAUAAGUCCAAAAAUCUAU